CGUCAAUCAUCAAAGUUGUGUCACCGGUGCGAGGAGGAAGGAUAAGGAACUCCCGAUGACAGAAUCUCAACUCUAAACUGGAAUAAACCUCGUUUGGCCUCAAGUUAUUAGUGAACAUUUCGCUUAACAAAAAGUGAAGUAAUCAACGGCGGGCUUGUAGCCUAUUAAUCAUUGGACGAUACGUCUACGGAGAGUUUGUACGCUACCUUUUACAGCACGGAUGUCAGAGGCGCCAUCUCCAUGCGCGACAGGGUUGCAGUUUUCUGAAGGAGAGUUUUGGUUUUUUUUGGGGGGGGCGACUUGGAGACAAUUAACUUCAUGAUGAGAGAACGGACCUGGGUUUAGGAUUCAAAGACAAGGUUGCUGCCACACCCCUCCCCCCUCUGUGUCCCAUUGGCUGCUGUUCCCCAGGGGGUGGGACUCAGUAUGGGUUAAGAGCUGUGAGGCCAGACUGAGAGGACAGUGAAGCCUGACACACACCACCCGCCGCACAGGUGGCUAGAGAUCAGAGGUCGUAGCUAGAGGUCAUGGCGGGCCUGAGGAGGAAGCUGAAGUUUCUGGUGACGUUGAUGACGGUCAAUCUCUUCAUCUUCAUCCUAGUGUUCCACGGAGGAGGACAGGACAAGGGACACAACAAGGUCCUUGUCCCCUCCAAGCGCUUCUGGUCCAAACUGGCUCCUAGUCAGGCCUACUGGAACCGCCAGCAACAGAGACGGGACCUCCAACACAACCCCAUCCUCGCCUCCUCCAAUAGUAACAACACUAGCGAUGUUGAUGUCAGACCUGUCCCUGAUUGGCUCAACGACACGGGGCUGAACCCUGACCCGUGCCAACCGGACUACAGAGUCACCACUCACGUGAAAGACUACAAUUCCCUACCUCCUCGUUUCAAAGACUUCCUGCUCUACAUGCGCUGUCGGUCGUACCCUCUCGUGGUGGACCAGCCUCAUGUCUGCCAAAAGACCCGGAGAGGGGAGCCGCCCUUCCUCCUACUGGCCGUCAAAUCCCUCGCUCCUCACUUUGACCGCCGCCAGGCCAUCCGCCAGUCGUGGGGUCGAGCCGGCGUCCUCGCCAACCGGACGGUUGUCACGGUGUUCCUGCUCGGCAACACCACGGCCGUGGACCACCACCCAGAUCUGUCGGAGAUGCUGCGCUAUGAGAACGCUCACCACCGCGACAUCCUGCAGUGGGACUACCGGGACUCGUUCUUCAACCUGACCGUCAAGGAGGUGCUCUUCCUGGACUGGAUGACCACACGCUGCCCUGGAGCUCAGUUCGUCUUUAAAGGGGACGAUGACGUCUUUGUCAAUACGUUGAGGAUCCUGGCCUUCCUCAAGGGCCUCUCGGGGCCCCGGGCAAGGGACCUGUUUGUAGGGGAUGUGAUCACCAACGCGGGGCCGAACAGGGAUAAAAAGGUGAAGUACUUCAUCCCAGAGAGUUUGUUCGUUGGCAAGUACCCGCCAUACGCAGGCGGAGGGGGGUAUCUGUACUCCGGGGACCUGGCCAGACGGCUGCACGGAGCCUCGCAGCACGUACCUCUCUACCCCAUCGACGACGUCUACACAGGGAUGUGUCUGAGGAAACUGGGGCUGGGCCCGGAGAAGCAUAAAGGCUUCAAGACAUUUGACAUUGAGGAGAAGUACAGGAGGAACCCGUGUGCCUAUAAGGGUCUGAUGCUGGUACACAGCCGGACACCGCAGGAGAUGAUCCAGAUCUGGGCCUGGCUCAAUGACCCCAACUUGACCUGUCAGUAACUUCCCAGCCCGUCUCCAUUUUGACUUCAGAAACCGGGGACAACAGGUGUCGGUGGCCAUUUUGACUUCAGAAACCGGGGACAACAGGUGUCGGUGGCCAUUUUGACUUCAGAAACCGGGGACAACAGGUGUCGGUGGCCAUUUUGACUUCAGAAACCGGGGACAACAGGUGUCGGUGGCCAUUGUUGAUUUGAGCUGUCAGUAACCGGGGACAACAGGUGUCAGCGGCCAUUUUUUAUUUGAGCUGUCAGUAACCGGGGACAACAGGUGUCGGCGGCCAUUUUUUAUUUGAGCUGUCAGUAACCAGGGAAGACAGGUGACUUAAACUGUCGGUAACUGCCUGGACCAGACACCACGACAGGCGGCCAUUUUGUUAUGCUGGUUGUUAUAGUAACUCUGUGAGAGGUCAGUGGCCACUGUUUUGUGACACUUGGUAGGGUUGUUAACAUUCUAAAGGUCAGACACAAUUUUGAGACUUUAUUUUUUUAUUUUUUAGGGAAGGAUUAUUACUCUUGGAGGAUCAGUCGAACAUUGGCAGCUUUAAUGUUAUUAUCAUGUUUGUUGAUGUUAGUUAACGGUCUUCAAAGUUGAAUCUUGGAUGAACAUUUCAGGUUUUGAAUCCCAAGAUAAAGAGGGUGUGAUUGUGAUGGCGGUACGAUGGCAGACCAACGUGUCUCUGAGCUUUCUAAAUGGUCGUCAUGGCGGUACGAUGGCAGACCAACGUGUCUCUGAGCUUUCUAAAUGGUCGUCAUGGCGUUACGAUGGCAGACCAACGUGUCUCUGAGCUUUCUAAAUGGUCGUCAUGGCGUUACGAUGGCAGACCAACGUGUCUCUGAGCUUUCUAAAUGGUCGUCAUGGCGUUACGAUGGCAGACCAACGUGUCUCUGAGCUUUCUAAAUGGUCGUCAUGGCGGUACGAUGGCAGACCAACGUGUCUCUGAGCUUUCUAAAUGGUCGUCAUGGCGUUACGAUGGCAGACCAACGUGUCUCUGAGCUUUCUAAAUGGUCGUCAUGGCGGUACGAUGGCAGACCAACGUGUCUCUGAGCUUUCUAAAUGGUCGUCAUGGCGGUACGAUGGCAGACCAACGUGUCUCUGAGCUUUCUAAAUGGUCGUCAUGGCGGUACGAUGGCAGACCAACGUGUCUCUGAGCUUUCUAAAUGGUCGUCAUGGCGUUAUGAUGGUCAAGUCUGAUGGAUCUUUCAUGAUUCCCCGCUGUGUGUCUGACGGCACAAAGAGUCUGUACCAUGUUGUAUUAUGAGGAGUUGGAGACAGAGGAGUCUGAUCCCAGAGCUGUUUUGGUGUGAAAAUGACCGUAAGAUUUGGCAAGACUGGCACAAGACUGAUCUGGAACCAGGCUAAUGUAUGAGUGCUCAGCUGGUCUGGGCCGUGCUAGAUAAAGAUGUUUGGUCGUUCCACGAAAUGAGUCCCUGUUGGAGAAUGUAACUUGGGAAAAGAAAUGAAAUAAAAGGAGCACAUGUUCAACUUUAAAAACAAACCCGUUUCCCAGUCUGAAGAGAUCUGACUGAUGGACCUUAAUGAAAACACUUUAACACUGUGUGUCUGACUGCACAAAGAGCUUUCAAAAUGCUGUAAAACAGUGACUGUAGUAAGUGCCAAAUAAUGGAACAGGGUUGACUGGAAUAGUGUCAACAUAUUUAAACGAGAGUUCAGUUCAUGUAACAGGGUUGACCUUAAAAUCAAGGACAGGUUUUUAUUUUAUUUUUUAUAAUUCACUAAUCACAUUAAAUGAAUUAAUCUCUAGAAAUGACUUUGUCAAAGUAACAAAUAAUUAGGUCUUUACAUUGUUGGUGAAAACCUUUUUGGGGUUGAAGUGUCCGUCAACAGUUGCUACAUCCAGUUUUGAUUCUUGAAGAAUGUAACUGAUAAAUACCUCAUGAGCUCAAGUGUCACCACAUCAGUCCUUGCAUCCAUAGCCCUGUCUGGUUCUUCAGCCCAGUCCCUCAGCUUUUUACCAAAACAGGGGCGGGGAGUUCAUUUAUUGUUUGUUUUACUGCUGAUUGCAGCUUUAAGUGGGUUAAAAUCUAGCCAAAAUACUGACUUUAUGUCACUGUAGCAAGUCUGUUCAUAUUAAAAGUCAGAUUCUGUGGUCUAUAUUAAAGGGCCUGUUAAAAUACAGUAUUGGUGCACAGUUGUAACUUAAAUAUGGAAGGGAUGCAGAAGAAACGUUUGUGGAACAACUCUGUUCAGCUUUGCUUCAGGGCCUCUUUGUGAGCCUGACAUCUUCAUUUAACAAAGAAACCGUCAAGCUGAAAUGGCUGCUUAUAGCAUAUUUUCACAAAGACCACUAUCAUUUUCAUAUCGAACCCCCGCCCCCCUCCCCUCCACAAACUAUAACAAAGAUAAAGCUUGAACUGUAACCAAGGCGAUUGGCUCGUGGGUCAUUCAUGUUCUGCAACAGUGUUUACUGCCCGUUUGCGAGCAGAUCAGAGAAAUACUGUUUUAUUUAUCCACAAUCAUUACUGUUCUUGUCAGAUGGUAAAAAAAAAAACAUGUCGAAGGUCAAAUCCAGAAUGUUCUAUUCCACCGCUGCCUUAAAGGUUUAUAGGAAGACGAGUGUUUAAGACGCUACAAGAUUUACUUCAGUUUAUGUCUGAGAAUUUCCAUUAUUGAAAUGUUGAUGUAACUAACAUUUGAUCUCCUCGCAGUGAUCUGCAUCUAGGACGAUCUAGCCGAAAGAGCUGUAUGUUUUUAUAAGGUGUUUAUUUAUCAACUAAUGUAUUCAUCAACUGUCUGCACAAUUUCUUUUUGGGUGACAAUUAUAGUACAUUUUUGUUUUUGUGUAUUUUACUGUUGAAAGAAAUGGAUGUUGUAUAAGUUACAUAUAUAUACACUGUGCCCAGGUCA